CAACAGAUAAUACGAUAGCGCUAUCUAUACGUAUAAAUUUAAAGCCAUACAUGGAUUAUAAAUAAUUUAUUAUUGAGGGGCUUACAACGAAUUUAAUAAAUAUCAUUUAGACAGUAACGUUUAGGUAAAUUAAAUUAUUCAGUUUCUUACAAGAAAACUGAAGAUUCUAUUAACAGUUAGUCUUAAUAAUUUUAUAUGCAUUAAGCAUUUAAAUACCAUGUAUACCCAUUUUUUCGCAAUAUUUCAACGCUCUCUAAUCUAUCAAAUCUGUUCAAUGAUCUCUAUCAAUAUUUAUUAAGCGUUCGAUACUUAUAAGUAAAACUUUCAAAAAUUUAAUACGUAGUCUGAAAUUUAUUAAAAUUAAAAGGCUGUAAAUUUUUUCAAAUAUAAAAAGUUUACGUAUUGGUGUUGCUUUUCAAGAAGUUUCAAAGUUAGUAGAAAUUUAAUGUAAUAUAACAUGGCGCCGGUAGACAAUUCACCAAGAGAAAACAUGGGAGCGUUUGAUUUUAUAUAUUCGAUAAAAGCGAAUGAUACGAUACCGGUACAUAUUUACAAAUCUAGAGAUACUGGAAUUACGGUUUGUAUAGCGGACGUUGAAGGGCCUAUUGUAAAUGGUUACUUCUGUCUUGCUACUGAAGCACAUGAUGAUGACGGACUACCUCACACAUUGGAACAUCUUAUUUUCUUGGGCAGUGAGAAUUAUCCAUACAAAGGUGUUUUGGAUUUAUUGGCCAAUAGAUGUUUGGCAUCUGGUACCAAUGCAGCGACACAAGUUAAUUGUACUUUUUAUACCAUGACAACUGCUGGAAGUGAAGGAUUUUUAUCUUUAAUGCCUAUAUAUCUAGACCAUAUAUUUUAUCCAAUGCUCACGAAUGCAGGUUUUCUUACGGAAGUACAUCACAUUAAUGCUGAAGGUGAAGAUGCAGGUGUAGUCUAUUGUGAAAUGCAAGGAAAAGAAAAUAUAGGAGAAUAUUUGGUAUAUGUAGAAUUGUCUAGAGCAAUAUUUCCUGGGCGGUGUGGUUAUAAAUCUAUUGUUGGAGGAGCACUGAAAAAUCUAAGAGAAAGUACUACUAAUGAAAAAGUAAGACAAUAUCAUCAAGAAUUUUAUAGGCCAGAGAAUUUAACAAUAGUAAUUACUGGCCAAGUAAAACACGCUGAUGUGUUCAAGGCAUUACAAAUUAUAGAAAAAAAAAUAAUAUCAAAAGGAAAUAGAGGUUUCUUUAAAAAACCUUGGCAGGAUUCUGUACCACGUCUCACUCAAAAUGUAGAUUUGAAUGUGUAUUAUCCUUGUGAUGAUGAAGAUAAUGGAGUAGUACAUGUUGCUUGGCGGGGACCGUCCCCUAUUACCGAAAUGUAUGAUCUUAUUGGUUGUAUAUUACUUUUAAAAUAUCUUACAGAUACAUCAGUUAGUCCAGUGCAAAAAGAAUUUGUUGAAAUUGAUGAUGCAUAUGCUAGUAAUGUUGGCUAUUCUUAUUGUAAAUAUACAGUAUCUGUAUUAUAUCUCGCAUUUGAAAGUGUAUCAAAAUCAAAAAUUUCUUUGGUGAAAGAUCGGCUGUUAAAAGUAUUAAAUGAUGUAUAUAAAAAAGGUAUUGACAUGAAACGAAUAAGAACAGUCAUACAUAGACGCAUUCUUGAAGCUUUGAGUAGUUUGGAAAACGAGCCUCAUGAUACAAUUGCACACAUGUUUUUUGGAUAUGCACUUUAUGGUAAUACUAAAGAAGACUUGGAUCAGAGAACUAAUCAGAUACAAGCUCUUAAAAAAUUAGAAACUGAACCUGAAUCUUACUGGUUAAAUUUGUUACAAACAUAUUUUCUUGAUUCUCCAUUCGUAUUAAUUAAAGGAAUUCCUAGUCUAGAAAAAAGACAUGAAUUAACUGAAAAAGAAAAAAAUCGUGUGGUUAAACAAAUUGAAAAUUUAGGUAAAGAAGGACUCCAACAGAAAGAAAAAGAGCUGCAAGAAGCAAUUGCUAAAAAUGAUAUGAAAGUACCAGAUGAAAUAUUAAGUUCUGUUCCUAUCCCAUCUACUCACCUUAUCAACUUUCACUAUAUAAAAAGUUAUACAACAGAAGCCAAUAAGCAACACUCCAGAUUUGACAUAUCCAAGUUACCGUUUUAUACAUACUUGGAUCAUGUUAAUACAAAUUUUGUUUAUAUGUUUGUUAUUAUGAAUACUGCAGAUGUUAAAAAAGAAUAUAAACCUUAUAUUCCAUUAUUACUGGAAUUAUUAAUGGAAUGUCCAGUAAUGAGAAAUAAUCAACUCAUUCCAUACGAAGAAAUUGUAGCUGAGUUAGAAGCAGAUACUAUAUCCAAUGAUACUAACCUUGGAAUAACUAGUUCUUCAAGGUUUUCAUGUGGGCCAUACAGCUACACUGCUUUGUUAAUGCUUCAUCUUGAAAUGGAAAAGUAUGAAAAAGGUGUACAAUGGAUUAAAGAACUUUUGUAUGAAACUAAAUUAACUCCAGAUAGAUUAAAAAUAACAGCUGCAAAAAUAAUAAACGAUGUCGCUCAAUUUAAAAGACAAGGGAAUAAAGUUGUGAAUGAUUUGAUGCGAGGAUUAAUAUAUAAAAAGGAUAGUAACCAAUUCGUAUCCAGUAUAUUGCGACAACAGAAAUUUCUUAAUAACAUUUUAGAACGUUUAAAUGAUGAAACAGGACAAAAAGCAGUUAUCUCAGAAAUUGAAUCUGUUAGAGAAGUAUUAACAACGCCUAAAAAUAUGGUAUUGUAUAUGGCAACUAACGUAGAUAAAUUAACUGCUCAAGUACCAAAUGUUUAUAGUCCAUGGAACACUUACUUUUCUACAUUUGAUACAUCAAGCAAGACUAAACUUGAAGCCAUUCCUGAUUCAACAUUGAUAAAUUCUCCAGAUGAGAUUCCAUUUAAAGGUUGCGUUACGGGAUUAGGUUGCAUAGAAUCUUCUUAUUUACGUCAAAGCUGUCCAUGUAUAAAUGAUUACCAUAGUCUAGAUCUAGCUCCUUUACUUGUUUGCAUAAAAUAUUUAACUCAAUUAGAGGGUCCUAUGUGGAGAUUCAUUAGAGGUCAGGGUCUAUCUUAUGGAUAUUAUAUUUAUCCCAAACCAAAUGAAGGCCUAUUAUAUUUAUCAUUUUUUAAAUCCACAAAUAUUGUAGCAACAUAUAAGGAAGCAAAAUCGAUUGUAGAGAUUCAUAUUUUUGAGAAUAAAUGGGAAAAAUUGCUUUUUGAAUCAGCAAAAUCUUCUUUAAUAUUUGAAAUCAUUGAAAAAGAGCAAAAUAUAGGAGACUUAGUACAACAAUCACUAUUAUCUUACUUCAAAAAUGUACCACAUGGCUACACU